AAUUCUCUCAUACCGCUCUAGAGGCGGGGCUGAACGUGCGUGAGCCGGGAGAUUCGACUCCUGACCCGAGUGUUUACUGUCCUAUGAACCGCAAAUAAUUUASAAAGUAACAAAAAUGGAAUUCUCUAAACUUAGCCUUUGCUAACCAUGUGGUUACAUAGUGGGAUUAUCCGGAGGUGGACCAAGUGCUGUUAACUCAGAUGGAGGCCAUGGAGAUAGACUCGCCUGUGGUCCCUCCAGUUGCUGGUGCUGCGGUUGCAGCUGUUGGUGAGCCUGAGGAUGUCGAAGCCCCUCUAGUCAUCUCAGAUUCUGGAAGCAGCACUGAAGUAGAUGAAGAUGAUGAUGCUGGAGAACAGCAGGYGGUUCAGGUUCCUUUUAGGCUUCCUGCCACCUGGGCCUUCAGUCAGAGGGCCGUAGAUGGAGUCCCAGCUGUGCCUUCAGUAACCCAGGGGGUACCGAUGAGGAGGUCACUCAGACAGGGUCUCAGGGUCCAUUACCCCAGCCAGACGGCAGCACCUUCCAGAGGAUUCCCGGACUUCCUGCUCCGAGCACCAGCUGCCAGUACAACUCAGCCAGAGUCCGGCAGCACCACUGAGGCCAGUGAGUCCGAGUCUGAGGAGGAAACGGCAGAAAGCACAGCUGCUGGGGUGGAGGCCUCACUACAUUUACCUUCUACUAAUGCUGCCACCCAGCAGCCUCAACCAGAAGCAGUAGCAGCAGCGCCCAGUCGUACUGAAGCUGUUUCAGCAGCAGCAAACGAGGCUGGGGGCUACGCUCAAAUCCAAGACCAUCAGCCGAUCCCUGCAGCCCCGUCUUCAUCCCAGCCAAGCCGCAGUGGCGACAGCGAAGGUGAAACGUGCUCCAUCUGCUUUGAGGUGUGGACCACAGCAGGCGAACACCGGCUCUCCGCUCUGCGCUGCGGACACCUCUUUGGCAACACGUGCAUCAAGCGCUGGCUCAAGGGUCAGGGCUCGGCGGCUAAAUGUCCACAGUGCAACAAGAAAGCAAAGCAUUCAGACAUUGUGCUGCUGUACGCUCCAAAGCUAAGAGCCCUGGACAACUCUGAGCAGGAGAGCCUGAAGAGGACUUUGGAGCAGGAGCAUUCUCUGAGGAGAAAAGCAGAACUGGAGUCAGCAGAAUACAAACUCAAGCUUCAGGUUGUCACCAGCAAAUUUGGACAGGCACAGCAAGAGCUGCAGGAGCUGAAGACCUUGAUGGCCCAAACUGGAAGAAGUUCGGCUCCACCCUCUUCCUCCUCCUUUAGCUCCUCCUCCAUGUUCAGCCUGUCUCAGAGGGCAGAUGGCUCAAGGGCAGCUCAGUACARCUUCUCUAAGGCRGUGCUGGUGUCUCAGACAGGCGGCUGCAGAGUUCUGUCCUACUGUGAACCUCUGUGCUGCAUGCUGGCCUCACAGCCCUCCCCUCACUCUACUCUAGUGCCUGGUUGUGGGGUGAAGAAGGUGAGCUUGGUGAACAUGAAGGCCAGUCAGUACGUUCCUAUCCACAGCAAACAGAUAAGAGGUUUGUCGUUCAGCAGAGAGAACAACAGCCUGCUGCUAUCUGCUGCACUGGACAACACCGUUAAACUGACCAGCUUGCUUACCAACACGGUGGUUCAGACCUAUAAGGCGGAUAAACCUGUGUGGAGCUGCUGCUGGUCUUUGGACAACAGCAACUACAUCUACGCUGGUCUGAGCAACGGCUCCGUGCUAGUUUACGACACCAGGGACACCAGCACGCACAUUCAUGAGCUGGAACCUCUUCGCUCCAGGUGCCCAGUGGCGUCGUUGUGCUACAUCCCUCGUGUGGCGUCCAGCUCUUUCCCCUGUGGUGGGCUGAUUGCUGGCUCACUUGAGGGUGCUUGUUUCUGGGAGCAGGAGAAUGAGACCACCUACAGACCCCACAUUCUGCCUCUAGAGAGUGGCGGCUGCACAGACAUCCAGGUGGAGACUGAGAGCAGACACUGUCUGGUCACAUACCGGCCUGGACGCUCCCAUCAGACUCUACGAUGCGUCCUGAUGGCGCUGACUCGUGCGCCUCAGCUAGACUCCAGUCAGCUGCCCAGCUGCUCCUGCUCCCCUGUGCAGACAUUCAGCGCUGGCUCAUCCUGCAAACUGCUGACCAAGAACACCAUCUUCAGGCAUCCAGAGGGUCGUGGGAUGUUGGUAUGUGCUGGGGACGAGGCCUCCAACUCCACCAUGGUGUGGGAUGCAGGAAGUGGCUCUCUGCUUCAGAAGCUUCCAGCUGACCUACCAGUGUUGGACAUCAGCCCCUUUUCUGUGAAUGGAGAGAACUUUCUGGCCUCUCUCACAGAGAAGAUGGUGAAACUUUACAAAUGGGAGUAAAGGAGRACAUCUUGACUUUGUUCCAGUUGCAGUCAGACCACAASGAAAGUGACUAGAUUGAAAUGUUGGACAUUAUAUGCUGCUAAAUAUUUUCUCUAACAGAUUACUGGCUGAGUCAAGUCAGAACAUCUUCCCUGUUCCUUUUUUUUUCAGGUAAAACUGAAAAUUUAUGUUGGUGUGAUAAGAUUGUUUAAAAACCAGGUUGUGUGAAAGUGAUGCACAUUACCUCAACUGAGUCUCCUCCAGAGUUCUGUUUUAGCUCCUCAGCUACAGAUACGCUUGUGGGUCAUGCUCUUCUGUUCUGGGUCUGAUGAAAGGAAAAACUUUGAGAAAAUAUUUGUCCUGCUGUUCUCGAAAUUAUGCAGAUCACUGACAAACCCAUUAGAUGCAUUACUGCUAAGCAACUACCAUCAAAAUCAGAAACAUGUCCAUUACAGAUGAAAACAACUUCCUCAACAUCUUUCUUUCAGUUGAUCUAGUCUGACAUAUAAGGCUGCUGUGUUUACGACACCCACUGUUGGAUUAGAAAUAUAUUUUUAUCUGCAGUUGCUUAAUUAUACUGAUUAUAAAUUAUGAAUUCAGUUGACUUAAAUUGAAAAUGGGCACCAGAAUUGGUAAAGGUUAACAAUACCUGUACAGGUUUUUUAACCUGAUAUUAAACCAUGUCAGUUUAUGUUCAGAACCUCAGAGAACAUUUCUAAAGCCAGAUAUCUUGAUGUUCACUCCAACAUUUAAACAGAACCGAGACAUAAAGACCUGGGGCUGGAGGUGUUAGCUCAUAGUGCCACUUCAGCAUUCAAACCGGAAGAGGAAGAAAAUCAAAGUCGAAUGUCAACAUAGAGAUAAAAUCCGUUUUUCCAAGAAAUUGUGAUCAUUAUCAAUUCAUUUCUAACUGGUUAAACUGAGUUGUUGCAAAGGUCUGUUUKUACACACAUUCAUCACACAGAAACKUCAAGUGCCAAAGGAAUACCAGUCUUAUCAAUCAAACUUCUAUUUUUAAGGAAAGUUAUAUGUAUAUUUCUUACCAGCUGUUUGUGUACAACUUCGGAGUUAAUAAAAAACAUUUUUUU